AUGUCUUGGAUUUUGCCCCAAGAGGGCGACGGCGGCGGGCGGGCACAGCGCCCGACGGAGCUGCCACCUUCGCGCAAUGGCCAGACUGCGCCAACCAGCCCGGGAGCAGAGGUACCUGCGUCUCCAUGGGGAGAGUUCCCAAAAGACGAUAAGUAUCCCAAGGUCCCAGAUGCUGUGGAACGCGACAGACUCGUAUCAAUGAAGCAGGCGAACCGACCAUUCCUCGGACAUUCACAAUGCCGCAAGCAGCAGGAAAAAGAGCAUGAAGAUUGGGUCAAGCACAAGAAGGAGCGCGAGGACUUCGUGGUGAUUGGCUCCACCCUGUACACUGUUUGGGAUAAGCAGGGCCAGUCCAUGGUAGAAUACGCCAAGAUUUCAUUUCAUGAUGGUAACAGGAUCGAGGUGGUGUGGAACACCGCGACUUACGCCCAUGAGGCGGAACUCAUACCGGCGUACCUCGAAGAAUUGCUUCUGCCAGCAGGCUCCAUGGCUGACAAGUUUUUCGAAGCAAUCUCGAGACCUGGCAUAUUCUCGCCUGUGACGCUUCGGACUGUCAUCGAUCAGUACACUGACGCAUGCCGCCCGCUAUACACGCCACAGCUGUUGACCACGUACGGCAGCGUGGGCGAGCAGAUCGCUGCCAUAGUGGGCUGCACGGUUGAGCUCACCCGCGACCACAGUACCGCGCGGUGUCGCGAGAUCGAGCACCAUGCGCGCUGGCCGCUGGCGAUCGGCAUGGGAGAACCCAGGGAGGGCAUUCUGGUCGUCGAACGCGAACUCAUCGCGGCGCUCGUAGACGAGGACUUUCCUCUUGGGUCCCGCCGGCUUCUCGCGGCGUCUUCUCCCCUGGACCCCCAAUUCACCCUCCUGGAGAUCCUGUGGACGCUGCGUGCUAAGAUUGGCACCGGGCCCAAGCUUGUUUUCGAGGAUCGAUUGGUCGACCUUCCGAGCAACAUCCGCGAGGAGCUCGACGAAGGCAUGGAGAGUUGGAUUGCCGGGCGCUUGCAGAGCAUCGAGAACAUGUCGGACUCUAUUCAAUCGGUGCUCGAUGUCAUUGGUGGCUUGGAAAAGAACGUGAAGAAAGAAGAUGAGGAUGGAGAUGCAGCGUUGCGGCUUCCACCCGCCUAUCCGGAGUGGUGGAGGGCGCUUGUGUCUUCGUACGUUGCAAUUUCCGUCCAAACACGAUAUGACUCGUCAGAAAUCUUUCUGGUAUUCCGUGGGAUCGCCAUGCUCCGGUACGCGACGCGCCAGCCAGCUGUGGACAGCGUCAGUACGCCGGCUGCUGAGCCCUUGGCGGACGAGGAAGUCGCGAGGAUGAGGGACUUGCAUGUCUCGUCAACGGCCUCUGGAUUCACGCCGAGCUACUCGCUCAUCCACCGUCUCCUCAUGCAGUACGACAGCGAUGCAGCAGGCGUGCCUGCCUCCGCACACCUAUUCUUAGAUUCUUCCGGGCUGCUGGAAUCCUUAUCUCCUACAAAUGCGACGAAGCUCGAGGUGCUCUUUUGUGAGCGGCUGCGUCUUCUGGGAUACCGCGAGGCUUCCAGAGAGAGCUUAGCGUGGCUGCCCAGGAUAGCUGGGGUGACGACCGUGCUUGGGCGACUGGUUGGAUGA